AUGGAUUCAGCUAGCAAAAAAAAUCAUGAUCGACCCUUGAAAAGGGGUCGCACCGAUAGAGUUAGACUAGAUGUCGUAGGUUUAAACCCGGAACCCUGGUUCCCCAAAGUACUUGUGAUAAAAUCUGACAAUGAAUCCAAACCCCUCGCUAAAGUAUCACCAUUUCUAGUAGCAAAGGAACUAGAGAAACUUCUAGGCAAGUCUUACAAUGCUAAAAAGCUAAGCACUGGGGAUCUUCAGGUUGAAGUCCACACAAAACAACAGAGUACCGCACUCCAAGCAGUGAAACAGGUUGGUGACAUCAAAGUUACGGUCACAACACACCGCACCUUAAACAUAGUGAAAGGCGUGAUCUCCGAGGAUGAACUCCUUUCUUGUUCGGAAGCAGAGAUCGAGGAAGGAUUGAAGGAUCAAGGGGUCGUAUGUGCAAAGCGCAUUGUGAUGAGAAGGGAUGGUAAGGAAGUCCAAACAAAGCAUGUAAUACUCUCCUUUCAGUUACACACACUCCCGUCAGAGAUCAAGGCUGGCUACAUUAACUGUCACAUACGACCAUUCAUUCCAAACCCCAGACGAUGCUUUAAAUGCCAACGUUUCGGCCAUAGCUCCCAGAUGUGUCGUGGACAACAAGUUUGCCCAAAGUGUGCCGGUAACGACCACCCACCGGAGUCAUGUAGCAAAGAAUUUCACUGCGUAAAUUGUCAAGGAGGCCAUCCAACAUAUUCGAGGUCAUGCCCACGCUGGAAAGACGAAAAAGACAUACUCAGAAUCAGGACCGAACAAAAACUGACAUAUAAGGCAGCGAAAGCACAGCUGGACUUUCAAAAGAAAGGAAUGUUUUCUGAGGUGGUGCGUAGGGGAGUGGCACCACUCAGAGUAUCCGUGGAGACCCAGACUCCUGGGCCUCCACUCCACACUCCCCAACCAGAACAGAGAGAGACACAAGUGUCCUCUCUGAUUGCUUCGGUUGGCCUAAAAGCCAGCCCUCAUGAUGCAGCCACAACCUCUUCAGAGGCUGGUGGCUCCCUUUCAGUUUGGGAUGGGGUUACCAAGGAUUCCUCCCAGACAAGCACACUAAACAUGGAGAUCGAUGAUGACGACCGCGCAUCGCAGAAGUCGUCAUCGAGUCUUCCAAGCACCUUCUCCCAAGCGAAAGAGAAACGCGAGAGGACAACCGGUAGAGGCAGGGGCGCAAAAGCAAACGAACAGCAGAAACAACAACUGCGGAGAGUUCAAGCCCCCUAA